UGUAACUGUGCUACAACGAUUUUAAAUGAACUUUUUUCUAGGAAAAUGGACGAAAUUCCCGUUGAAAAUCUUCACCUGGCUGAGACCACUGAAAAUGAUCUCGUUUCAAGGGAAACGGAACAACAAUUAUUACAGUUGAAGACGAUUUUGGCCAAUAGCAGUUACCACAUAGAUGGCAUUCCCUCGAAAUCGGCAGAUAGCGACGAUUUUAUCUUGGAAGAAUUGAUGGCGUGCUCGUUUUGGUCAAAACAAGACCAAUCCAAUUUGUGUGACAGUGAUUUUGCGUGCAAAGAGGAGGAUGGACGAAUCUCAUUGGCCUAUGAACGAUUACAAGGAAUUCCACGAAAAAUUGCGGAAAAGUUUGCUUUGCGUACGCAUACACUCGAUCUAAGUUACAACAGCAUUAAAGAUCUCACGUUUUUAUCGAAUUUCAAAAUCCUGCACACUCUAAUACUUGACAAUAAUGUUGCGUUGAACGAAAAGACAUUACCGUUUUUGCCGUCGUUGCGAAUUUUGUGGCUCAACAAAUGCGAGAUAUGCCAAUUGCCCAAGUGGGUGCAACGAAUCAACAUUUGUACGCCAAACAUACGACAAUUAUCGCUGAUGGGCAAUCCUGGGGUAAGGUCAUCAUUCAAUGGAGGUUCAACACUCGAAAAUAAUGAUUAUAUGAUGUAUGUGAUUGGAAGUUUACCAAAGUUGGACUAUUUGGACGAUGUCAAAAUAACGGACUGUCAACGUAAAAUGGCCAGAGCACACACCCGAUUACUGGCUUGGAACGGAGCAUCCAUUAAUUUUGGUGAGAACUAUUCUAGUGGAACGAGCAUGAUGACAAUUUUGAAACAUGAUGCUAAGGCUGGUCGACGUUACGGAAAACUUGUGCCCAAACAAAAUGGUUCAAAGUUUGAUCGGCUUUGAAAAUUGGUAAUGUCCAAGCUGAAAGUCUUCAAUCUCGGUUAUAUAUAUAUGUUUUUGUCUACGAUAAGAAUUUGAAUAAAAUGUAAACAUUUUUAGUCAUGAAAAU